AGCAACAAGCGGCGAUCAAUAGACUUCUUGUGAGGCUUUGUCUCCGACAAGAAUUCACGCGUUUUCUGUUUUUUCAAACCCCGAAACUCUUUCUAGCGCUGUAUUAGUCAAGUCUCCAAGCAGACAAAUACAGACCAAACGCCACCGUUUUCUACAUACAAAAUGAUUAACCGACAAUAAAUCCAAACCAACAAACAGAAGGUUCACAAUUCCAACGGGUACUUAACAUCAGCUUGCUUCAGACUUCAGAGCCAGCCUCUAUGCCUGACAUGUAAUCAAUCUUUCUCCAGCGAACCGACAUAGUUUAGCGUCUCUGAGAAGAGAGAAUGGAAAUGGCUUCUUAUUUUCCGGUGAUCGCGAUCAUGAUCAUGAUUUUAGGAGGUUCAAAAGGUAGAGAACUCCGGCCGUCGUACCACGGGCUGGAUUACCAAAGUACGCCGCCAUCAGGGGAGAAAUUGCCGCCGGAAGUGAAGGAAUUCUUUGGAUCAUCAUCAGCGCCAACUUCCAAGUCAUCAUCUAACGUGGCAUUGCCGAAAGCAAUGAAUUCUAAUGACACGGCGUGGUGGAACCGUGUCGCCGGUGAAAAUGGCGGGAGUAAAGGCGGAGAUCGGUUGAGGCACGUGCUGUUGGUGGCUAGCCUUGCGUGCGGCGUCACAGGUGCGGCGUUGCUAGUGGCUUCUGCUUUCAUAUAUUUUGUUAAGCAUAAAAAAAGGCAAACGCCACCGUCCAUAGAGAAUAAUACUAACAAAGCCAUAGUUAUCCAGUAAGUAAAGUAGCUGUUCUUUUUAUUUUUUAAAAACUUCUUUUUAUUUUUUAAUUUGUUUUUCUUUUUCUUUUUUAUUUUUAUUUUUUUUUAAAUAUGAACUUGACAUUUGUUGUAUAUGUUUGAAGCAAUUGAUUUGAUCUCUUGGCUUGAUUGCAACAGUAGCUGUA